ACUCAGGGUCCGUCCUCGACUUGACGACUGAGAAACUGGGAUUUCUUGCUAUUCCCCAUUCCCUGUGGCGGCCAUAUUGUGGGAUGCGUUGUUGCAAGUUAAACCAAUUCAGAGCGGAGGGAGGAGGCACAUCUGCGGUAGUCCAUCCACUAUUCCUAGAGCUGUCUUUUGUCAUGUAGCAUAGCCACACAGUCUCUACCGGUUCCGGUUUAAAGGGUUUUGUUUGUCAGGGGUGAUCACUGUUACUCUUUUUAUACUGUUGCAAAGGAACAAAAUCAAGUAACGUGACUGGAUUCAUAAUUUCUAUCACGGGUUUCCUUCUGUUGAGCACAGCAUUUAUUUAUCUCGUUUCGUGAGGUUUUAACAUGGUGAAGGAAUGGGACAGACUGUGAUUUUCGAGUUAAACACAACAAUACCACAUUGAGUGUUCCCCGAAACAUUUAAAGAGGACGAAGCGGUCGGAAGGCGCAUGUAACCUCAAGAAAAGAGUCCCGAUUCGGUAAAGAUCAUCCCGUGGGCCAGAGAUAACUCCUUGGCUGGCCGGAUCCGGUCUGCUGGCCGCUUGACUAUGGGCUGUGUCAAAAGUAAAGAGGACAAGGGUCCUACACAGAAGUACCGACCAGAUCCCACCAGUCCCACCCCUGGGUCACAUAUGGGUCUAUACGGACCAGACCCCACUCAGAUGGGCCAGUCUCCUGCCCUAAAGGGCCCCACAAACAACUACAACAGCCGCGCAUCUGGGCUCACCCCAUUUGGUGGCUCCUCCUCUGUCAUCACACCCUUCGGUGGGGCAUCCUCCUCUUCCUUCUCCACCGUUGCUGUGAGCAACCCCUUCCCCGGUGCCGUCACAGGCGGUGUAACUUUCUUUGUGGCCUUAUAUGAUUAUGAAGCCAGGACAUCAGAUGAUCUCUCAUUCAAGAAAGGCGACAGAUUUCAGAUCAUUAACAACACAGAGGGAGACUGGUGGGAGGCUCGAUCCAUCAACACGGGGCAGAAGGGCUACAUUCCCAGCAAUUACGUGGCCCCUGCCGACUCCAUCCAAGCUGAAGAAUGGUACUUUGGAAAAAUGGGUCGUAAAGAUGCUGAGCGACUGCUGCUGAUUCCUGGUAACCAGCGGGGCACUUUCUUGGUCAGAGAAAGCGAGACCACUAAAGGGGCGUACUCACUCUCAAUACGGGACUGGGAUGAGAUGAAAGGGGACAACGUGAAACACUACAAAAUCCGAAAGCUUGACAACGGGGGCUAUUACAUCACCACUAGAGCACAGUUUGAGACUUUACAGAAACUGGUGAAGCAUUACACAGAGCAUGCAGAUGGGCUGUGCUACAGACUGACCACGGUGUGUCCGACGGUUAAGCCCCAGACUCAGGGCCUGUCUAAAGAUGCAUGGGAGAUCCCACGAGAAUCACUGCGUCUGGAGCUCAAACUGGGUCAGGGCUGCUUCGGAGAGGUUUGGAUGGGUACAUGGAAUGGCACAACUAAAGUAGCUAUAAAGACUCUGAAACCGGGCACCAUGUCUCCUGAAGCAUUCCUGCAAGAGGCCCAGAUCAUGAAGAAGCUUCGGCACGACAAGCUGGUGCCCCUGUAUGCUGUGGUGUCUGAGGAGCCCAUUUACAUUGUCACAGAGUACAUGGGCAAAGGGAGUUUGCUGGACUUCUUAAAGGAAGGUGAGGGCAAAUACCUCAAGCUGCCACAGCUGGUGGACAUGGCUGCCCAGAUUGCAGAUGGCAUGGCCUUCAUCGAGAGGAUGAACUACAUCCACAGAGACCUGAGGGCUGCUAACAUCCUGGUGGGUGACAAUCUGGUCUGUAAGAUAGCUGACUUUGGCCUGGCCAGACUGAUUGAAGACAACGAAUACACUGCUAGACAAGGAGCCAAGUUUCCCAUUAAGUGGACUGCACCAGAGGCAGCUCUGUACGGACGAUUCACCAUCAAAUCUGAUGUCUGGUCCUUUGGUAUUCUGCUGACUGAGCUGGUGACUAAAGGCAGAGUGCCAUAUCCAGGCAUGGUGAACAGAGAGGUGUUGGAGCAGGUGGAGCGGGGCUACAGGAUGCCGUGUCCUCAGGGCUGCCCGGAGUCGUUGCACGAAAUGAUGCGACUCUGCUGGAAGAAGGAGCCCGAUGAGCGGCCCACUUUCGAGUACAUCCAGUCCUUCCUGGAGGACUAUUUCACCGCCACUGAGCCACAAUACCAGCCCGGAGACAACCUGUAGAGACCCUAUAGGGCAAGAGACUCACAGCAACGUGCUAAUAAGCCAGCAGGACGGUUUCCAAACCCAUUGUGGCACCUCUUCCCUACAGUUCCCCAGCACACUUUUCCUAAAGAGAUGUUUUUUUUUCUCUCUCUUUUUCUUUCCGUUCCCCCCAGAGUCAAAUUUAUAAACUUGAUUAGAGCAUUAAACACCGAAAAUGAUCAUAGAAUUAAUUUUUUCAGGCAUCUCUUUACCCGAGAAUGUGUGUGUGGUGGAGUCGAUGAGGGCGGUGUGUGUUUGUUAGAGGAAUUGGAAAAGGACCACAUCACGCUUCCAGAGUUCUGCUGGGUAAUACCUUGCAGUGCAGACAGAGGGAGCUGUGAGGAAAGCAACAAGCUUAAUGCUAAUGGCUGGUUCACAGUUGCACAAAAUCCAAUUUAUUUUUUUUUGUUUCGUUUUUAUAUCUUUUUUUUUUUUUCCAUCCCUUUGCCUGUAUUAUUUUUCACUUGGACACUAAAUCCCAUUCUUAUUUUAAUGUUGAUUUUGUUUUUCCUUGCUUUGUUUUUGUUUUGUUUUUUUAGCAGUAGUUGAGUAGGUUAUUACAUGUGACCAAUAACUGUGGUUGAAUCUUUUGGCACUACCAGAGACUGUGGCAUUGCUGGGACAGGACUGUGGACUGUGUUCAGAGAAAGACAGAAGACAUGUACAGAGAGAGAGACAGAUGGAUGUGAGCAUGAGGGCAUUAGCCGGAGUGAGAAUUUGAAAUUAUAAGGUUGAUAACGGGUGGAUUUGUAUCCUCUAAAACAGACUUUUUUAGCAAGUCAUCAUUUUCAUAUGUUCUUUCAUUUCGGUUUUAAUCAGUCUCAAUCUAUCAAGAUUUUGAUGAGAACUUGAAAUCAUAUCCUGGGAGAGAAUUCAUAUUGGGAAGCCUUUGUUGAGCUUCACAAAGCAUUUCUGAUGACCUAUUGCCAUUCAACCAACUGCAAAUUUUCAAAGCAAAAAGUUGAACCUAUCGCAAAUGUACAAAUCUUAUUUUUGUCUUAGAGUCUUCAACAGUAAUUUAGCAGAGAGACCAAUGAAUAAAGAAACACUAGAUCUGAACAGUCCAAACAUCAUUCAUCAUGAUGGUGUUUAAAUCCAACAGUUUAACACAUUUUGAUGUAUCAGCAGCAACACUGACAGGUUUUUGUUUUCGUGCCAACUCAUUUGUAGUGUUGCCAACCUCAUGUACUAAAUGAAGGACAGAGAUUUAUUGCUCUUUUUACAGAUUACUUCAUAUAUGACACUUUCUGUGUAAGUAUUUCAAGAGAAACAGUUUCUUCAUACUGGCAUACAAAUGUGAACUUGCUAAAAUAAUUUUAAACUGAUCCAUUUGUUUUGUCUCUUUUGCAAGUUUCUUAAAAAAGAAAUCAGUUGUGCAGAAAGUUUGACGUUUGACACUUUUUUUUUUUUUUUUUUUUUUUUAUCUGUCACUAUGAUGACAUACCAUGUUUGCUACUGGUGGAGGUGUUACAUUUUAAGACAUGUUUUGGCAUGAACAAUGAAAUAUUCAGGUACUGCAGAUUAAGACCAUUUACCAACCAAAGUUUUGAUGGAAUCAGUAGAAUUUGCCCUCCAACCUGAGUGCAGCAAAAAGCUUAAUAUUUGAGUUAAUGGGUUAAUUUAAUCCAUGACAAGAAAUGGAAUGCACUUGCUAUGAAACAGAAGACGGUCAUCUUUUGAAAACAUUUGGAGGGCUAAUUUGUUACUGGGUUUCUUCUCUCUUUUGUUGUGUAUCUUUCCGUAUUUAGAGAGAGGCCUUGCUUUUGUCCUUAUGUAUGUGAGCCCUUUGUCCCUGGGACCUUAUUGUCUCCUUUGUCUUUAUCCAAGACACUGCCUAUACAUCUUUCUCAUCACCACCUCCUGUUUUAAAAGGGAUACAGGCAAGUUUGUGCAAAACUCUUAGCAAGUAUGUUCCUUGUGUCUUUAAAAAAAGAGAGAUAACUCUAGUAGGUUGUAAAGUGAGGGUCUCCGAUGCAGAGUUUUAACUAAAUGAUGAGGACAUUUGUUGUGAAACAAUGGUUAUGAUUACUAAUCUGAAGAAUUUGUACAGUAAAAAAUUAAAUUUUACAAAAUGCUUUUAACUGA